AAAUAUUUAAUUUGUUUGUCUAUAUGGAAGGAGAAAGAGGAAGAUGAAAUUUAGCGUUUGGGCCAUCGAAAGAGGUCCAUUGGGUGGAGUUGGGCAUAAAAGGAAGCACAAGUGGGAAAGCAAAACAAAGCAGCAUGGGUGAUGCAUACCAAAUCGACGUUUUCUGGCACGAGGGAAUGUUGAAGCACGACACUGGCAAUGGUGUUUUUGAUAAGGGAAUGGAUCCAGGGUUCUUAGACGUGUUGGAGAAGCACCCUGAAAACUCAGAUAGAGUGAGGAACAUGCUUUCUAUCCUCAAAAGGGGUCCUAUCGCCCCUUACGUUUCUUGGCACCACGCUACACCUGCUCUCUUAUCUCAACUUGUUUCGUUUCACACUCCAGAAUACGUAAAUGAACUGGUAGAAGCUGAUAAAGAAGGGGGGAAGAUUUUUUGUGAAGGGACAUUCUUGAAUCCUGGAUCAUGGGAUGCUGCCCUUCUUGCUGCUGGGACUACCCUGUCUGCAAUGAAGCAUUUACUGGAUGGGAAUGGAAAAGUUGCUUAUGCGUUGGUUAGACCCCCUGGUCACCAUGCUCAGCCUUCUCAGGCUGAUGGCUACUGUUUCCUUAACAAUGCAGGUUUAGCAGUACAAUUGGCUUUAGAUUCUGGGUGUAAGAAGGUUGCAGUUGUAGAUAUUGAUGUUCAUUAUGGAAAUGGCACAGCAGAGGGGUUUUAUCGAUCUAAUAAAGUUCUUACCAUCUCUCUUCAUAUGAAUCAUGGAUCAUGGGGUCCAUCUCAUCCACAAAGUGGAGCUGUUGAUGAGCUAGGUGAAGGAGAAGGUUAUGGCUAUAACUUGAACAUUCCUCUACCAAACGGAACUGGUGACAAAGGAUAUGUAUAUGCCUUCAAUGAGUUGGUCGUUCCAUCAAUAGAAAAGUUUGGGCCUGAUAUGAUAGUUUUGGUUGCUGGACAAGACUCUAGCGUAUUUGAUCCUAAUGGAAGGCAAUGCUUAACCAUGGAGGGCUACAGAGAAAUUGGGCGGAUUUUUCAUCUUCUUGCAACAAGGCACAGUGAUGGACGCCUUCUAAUUGUCCAGGAAGGUGGAUACCAUAUCUCAUAUUCUGCAUAUUGUUUACAUGCCACACUUGAGGGGGUUCUCAACCUACCAAAGCCUCUACUACCAGAUCCUAUUGCUUAUUACCCAGAAGACGAGACAUUUCCUGUCAAAGUUAUAGAAGCCAUUAAAAGUUAUCAAAAAGAUAAAGUGCCCUUGUGGAGAAACUCAUGAGAUACUUCUUCCAAAACCUUAUGCCCAUGUUUGAUUAUUGGUAAAAAAAACUAUUAGAGAUAAGAAGGGUUAAUAUUUAUCAUGUAUGCUAUUUUAUAUUUCUACCUAUAAAAUGUCACAUCAAUAAAAUAUACUAUUUUAUAAUA